CGUAUACGACUAUAUACAGUUACAUACGCACCUUACAUGUAUUAUUCAGAUUCGCACAGAUCCAGGCUAACCUUAAACAUUCGCCCGCGUCCCGCAGUGAAAUCGUUGUUAUUUUUUUCUCUUAUCACGGAGGAUAUGACGUUAAACACCCACGUACGGUCGUUACCAUAUGGCGAGUGUACAUAACAGCCUUGACUUUUGGUUUUUCGCCAAUUGACAACGACAUCUCUCUGUAACAAGAUGAAGCUUAACUACAACAUAUUUCACAGUCGCAGCAUUCGUAGAAUUUAUCACGCAGUAUUGAGAUAAUUUGCAAGUCGCAGCAGCAUCCAAUAGACGUGAGUGACAUCGAUUUUUGACGAUAAAUAUUAUGCAAAGAAUAAUUUAUAUUCGAAAUAAAUAACUCAUUUGAGAAUUAACAAAUAAUUAUAAACCAUGAAUUAUUCAGAGGAUGAUGUAGCUCAUAUUGAGAGAAUAUUAGAAACAAAAAAUUUCUAUGAAAUUUUGCAAGUAUCUACGAAUGCAACAGAUGAAGAAAUCAAAGCUUCCCAUAAAAAUCUAGCUCUGCAGGUUCAUCCUGAUAAAAAUAAUGCACCUGGAGCUAAGGAUGCAUUUAUUGCUGUUCGCAAAGCAACAGCAGUUUUAUUAGACAAAGAGAGAAGGAAGGAAUACAAUGAAUAUUUAAAGUCGCCAUAUGGAUUUUGUGAGGAUAAAUUUGAUUUAUCAGAAGAAGCAGUGGAUGCUAUUUUAAUAACAGCAGGUAUUGUUAGUGCUAUUGGCAUUGCUGCUGGUGUUAUUGCUACAGGAGUAGCUGUAUAUAAAUGGCUAACUGGUGGUUCAAAAAGAGAGGAUGAAGAGCCUAGGUAUGCCAGGUAGAACUCCAAAUUUUAUCUUUAUUUUACUAAAUAAUAAAAUUCAAACUUUGUACAUCUUAGUGUUAAAAGUACUAAAAACAAAAAAAUAAUUACUUGGAAAUUGGACUUUAAUUCCAUUAUCGAAUUAUAAAAAUUUAAGUAGCGCUUGUAUAUUUGAAUAAAGUUACGAAAUAAUUUUAAAAUAAUUUUUAUGUUAACACUUAUUCUAGAAUACAGUUAAUUGAAUUGUAUAAAAAUUUGAAAGAUGUUAAAUUUUAAGCUUCAAUAUAAACUAUUUAUGUUAAUGGAAAA